AAAAACCAUUUCGUCUUUGUGUACCACAAUCUCGUUUUCUUUCUCCAUUAACAUGGAUUGAAGAAGAUAGCGAAAAAGAAUUAUUAUCAUCAGAUAUGGUAGAAGUUCGUAUUCAUUGUGUUGGAAUUAAUUUUCGUGAUGUACUUAAAUCACGUGGUCUUUAUCCAUAUAUACGUACAUUUGCACAAUCUGAUGAUGAACAACCAAAAGUUAAUCGAGAUACAGAACCGGGUUCAGAUUUUGUUGGUACUAUUGUACGUAUAAGUCCAACAAUAACAACUGAUUUUCAAGUUGGUGAUCAUGUUGUAGGUACUACUAGUCUUCGUGCAUAUCAUUCUCAUAUUAUGAUUAGUUCACAACUUAUAAUACGUAUUCCAACACAAUCUGAUCAAACUGUUCUUAUUCAUGCUGCAGCAGGUGCUGCAGGUCAAUGGUGUAUUCAAUACUGUCAAUAUAUUGAUGCUCGUGUUAUUGCUACAGCUGGAACUGAAGAAAAACGACGUUUUCUUCGUGAACAUUAUGGUAUUGAACAUGCAUUUAAUAGUCGAGAUACGUCUUUUGUUAAUAAUAUACGUGAAAUUCUUCCACAAGGUGUUGAUGUUAUUGUUAAUUCAUUAUGA